CGAAAAUCGUAUAUUGUUCGCUGCUCAGGGUGGCAAACACAGAUGCGUUACAAGACUGAAGUGGCUGUUCUUUCCAAGAUAAGAUAAGACCGUUUUCUACCUUUGACUACAAUUCCUACGCCACACAUAGCCGUGUCUCGCUGUGUUUAUACAAUUUUUGCGUCGUGCACGUGAAAGGCCGUAACAUGUAAUGUUUCCCUGACCAAGAUGGAGUGUAGCAGUGACUACUACCCGUCCGGGUACGUAAAUCACGACCAGAAUCAACCCCGUCGUCGUUCCGAUGACGGUUGUGCGAACGAUUGUACAGGUUACGGUGCCGGUUAUUACACGAACAAUGGCAAUUCUCCCGGGAGAACGGUGCCGGACAUCGAGAACGGACCGGUCGGCAGGAUCAGGCCCAACGGUCUCCUGGCCAAAUUGGGGCUGCCCUGUCAGACCAAUCCUGAUUACGACUACAACAAUUGCUACAGUUUUUACGCCAACGGAUGCUAUAAUACCUGUCAAUUCGUCCAGUUUGGUGAUAUCGAAGAUUUUAUGUAAGUAGUCUUGACACUUCAUGGA